AGUCGUUUGUUGAAAUAUAAACCGCAGGCCGACGAAGUCAACCCAAAGGCUUACCCGCUGGCCGAUCCCGAGCUGACGGCGAAAAUCUUGAACAUCGUUCAGCAGGCCACCAACUACAAGCAGAUGAGGAAAGGCGCCAACGAAGCCACAAAGGCUCUAAACCGCGGCCUUGCUGAAAUCAUCGUCAUGGCCGCCGACGCGACGCCCCUGGAAAUCGUCUUACACCUGCCGCUUCUAUGUGAAGACAAGAACGUGCCAUAUGUGUUUGUGAGGUCCAAGCACGCCCUGGGUCGAGCGUGCGGAGUUUCGCGGCCGGUCGUCGCCUGUUCGGUCACGGUCAACGAGGGGUCACAGCUGAAGCCUCAGAUACAGAGCCUCCAGCAGGAAAUUGAGAAACUGCUCGUUUGAGUGAAAGAAAACAAGACAAGAAUGAAAAAUGAACUUCUCUACACCUCACCCUUACACUACAUUUAAAAAAAUCUUUUUUUUUUUUUUCAUAAAUGAAGCAUGCGCUCGCUUGUUCUGUACAUGAUCCACGCUGUUACGUUUUUCCUUUCCUCGUCGCCGUGUGGUUCGAGACGACUUUCCCAAGAAUGGCGAUUUGUUGAAACCUUUGUUUGUUUGUUUUUUUAUUCCACGAGUGACGAGGGGAAUGAAAAUAAAAUACUUUUAACACA